UCCCUGUUCAGAGAGUCAGAGGAUUCAUCUGUUGCUUGGUACUGACGUUUUCCAGAAUCCACUGUAGGACAACAUGACAAAGUUUUCUCUCCAGGAUAAAAUGUGUAUUUUAAUAUCUGGGGCACUGAUGUUGAUGAUGUGCAGCGAGGCCCAGCAGGAGUUCUUCCCCCAGCUCAGAAAUCUGACCUGGGACGAGGCCCGGAAUCACUGCCAGGUCUGUUUCAAAGAGCUGGUGACGCCGACCCCCGGCAACAUCCAGAUCAUUGCCAAGAACCUAACCUCUGACUCCUGGAUCGGCCUCCGCAAGUAUUUACAUCCCUCCAGUCUGCCGUGGAGCCGCUGGGCCAACGGGGACCCCCUCACCUUCCAGAACUGGUACCCUGGUUGGCCUGUGUUGAAAUCCCACUUCCCACAAACGAACUGCUCCUGCUCGGAGGGGCAGACCCCAGAACUCUUUGAAUCCACCACCGAGAGCAUAACAAACUUCAGUGACCUGACAACCCUCGAGUAUAUGAGCUCAUCGAUGAUGUUUCCCAACUUUACAGAGACUGAAGAAGACUCGUGUGUGGUCAUGCUCAGAUUUGGGCCUUGGGUUGAAAAGAGCUGCUCCGAGCUUCUGCCUUUUAUUUGUUAUGAUGAUCGUCUCUCUGGCCGAGCCAACGUGACUGACGUGACAACCAGCUCCGCCACUCUCACUUGGCUGCCUGUGCCAGGUGGCAUCAGCCAUUACCGCGUGGAGGUCAGAGGUGACGUCCAACUGACAGAAAUCCACAAUCCGACUUCCGACCUGACCUCCAACCUUUCCAGCCUGACAGCGGGCACCCGCUACUCCAUCCAGGUGUUCCCUGUUAAAUGUGAGCGGGACCUGAACCCACAAAUUGCCACCUUCUACACCAAACCUGACAAAGUCCAAAACCUCACUGUGGCCAUGGUGACAGAAACAUCAGUGUUUCUGAGCUGGAACAAACCGUCUGGACACGUGGAUUUCUACCUCGUGGCGGUCCACGGUGCUAACUCUUCGACUGACACAGAGAGCUCAGAGGUCGGCGAUUUGAUCCCUGGAAGCAGUUACACGUUCACCGUCCUCUCAGGACUCCACAACUCCAUGUUGAGUGAAGGAUCUCACAUCACGACAUUUACAAAGCCUCAUAAAGUGUCCAACCUGAGUGUGUCUGAAAACACCAACACCUCACUGCGGCUCAGCUGGAGGCCACCAGAGGGGAACAGCACAGCUUUCCGGGUGCAGGCCAGGAACGACAACAACAACGAACUGUUCGACGAGGUGGUGCAACGCGACUGGACUCAGACUCAGCAGGAGAAGAGAGUGACGAGGCUGCCGGAGGGCACCAAGAUAACCCUGAGUGUGGCGGUGAUCGCCAAUGGCACCGUAGAGGGAGACAAAGUGACUAUCGUCAACUACACUGCUCCUGGACCGAUUUCACACCUGUACUUGGAGACGACGGAUCGCUCCCUCACAGCCAACUGGACCGGGCCUGCUGGUAACUACUCGUCUUUUAACAUCACGCUCAAGCUGGAGGGUCAGGAUGUGGAUGCGACAGCAGACGUGACCGAGCCUGUGAAGGAAUUUGUCCAGCUGAAGACCGCGGCCAAGUACACAGUGAUCGUCCGCAGUGUGAGUGGACAUCUCCAGAGUCCGCCAGUGGAAAGCUCCAAAUUCACCAAACCGCUCCCUCCCACUAGUGCCACAGUCGUUUCAACCAGUAAGACCCAACUCACCUUCCAGUGGACAGGCCCUGACAACGCAGCAGCACCCAGGUACCUGGUGAACCUCAACUCCAGCUUCUGGGGCCACAGGCAAUCGUUCUCACUGUCCAAUAAAACCAUUCACACGUUUGAGAACCUGACCUCAGGGACCAAGUACCAGUUCCAAGUGCAAACCGCGACAGAUGAAGUGCUGAGUGUCCCACUGAUCAUUUCAAGCUUCACAGAGGCAGAGGAAAGACAAAUCAGUCUGUCCAUGUUGUGCUCCUCCUCACAACCUCUCCUCUGUGCUAAGGACGCCACAGAGGAAAGUGUGUUCAGUCAGCUGGAGGCAUAUUAUAAAAAUCUACUGGGGGACAAUGUUUUCUGGAAACUGGAGAAGCAAGAAAGUGAAAACACUAUUUCUUAAAUUUCAGUGAUAUUGCUCUUGAUUGUGUUUUCUGCCAUGAAUUUUUCAUCACAAAUAAAAUUAAGAACUAUAUAUGUAUAUAUAGUUUAUGUAAUGUGCACUGUACAUCAGAAUUUCAAGAAUCAACAAACUGAGAAUAUAAAUAAACCUUUAAUGUUGUUCUGUGUGGACA